AUGUCUCGCGAGGGCCUCAUAGCUGCCAUCUUCAAAGACAAAGGUGACUAUGCUUCGAAAGACCACUACCUGCUCAAGGAUACCCACGCCUCGAUGGAAAACAAAUUCGUCUGGGUUGGAGCUUCGGUCGAUCCGCCGGUGGUUCCUGGUGAGAGCCACAUCACCAUAUCCAUGAUCGGCAUGAAGCCCAAUGCGCGUGGUUUGGUGUCCAUUGCCUCCAAGUACCCGGCUGAUGCGCUGCUCUUGGGUGUGCUCCGGAUUGGGUCCGCAUUCGGGACGUUAGAAUAUGCCGCUACAUUCACAAAUGAAGUCAACCGUUGGCGAAUCUCCGGCCAAGCUACCCAGGAACAGCCCUGA